GUAUAAAUGUCUCCCGCGGGCUAUUAAUUUUCCCGCCAACUGCCUCUGAAGAAGACUUGAGGGUUUUCCCAGAAAGAGUUGCAGUGACAAAUCCGAGAGCAUGGAAGAGGCUACACAGAUCGCUCAGCUGCUUAAGCAGACACUCAGUUCAGACGACAACGCCAUUCGUGUCGCCACCGAUUCUCUCGAUCGGCUCUCUGUUAACCCAAACUUUCCAUUCUACCUGCUCACCAUUGCCUCAGGUUUUUUUUUUGGUUCAUUUCUAAGAUCUGAACGAGGGGAAAGUCAAGGUCUGAAUAUUUCUGCUGCUACGUACCUAAAGAACUUCACUCGGCGGAAUAUUGAGAGUGACCGUGCAUCUUCCAAGGUGAGCAAGGAGUUCAAGGGUCAGCUGAUUCAAGCUUUGCUUCAAGUUGAGCCCUCUGUUCUGAAAAUUUUAGUUGAAGUGUUUCGGGUGAUCGCUGUUGCUGAGUUUGUUAAGGAGAAUUUGUGGCCAGAUCUUGUACCUAAUCUGCGUUCUGCUAUUCAGAAUAGUAACCUUGUUAACAAUUUAAAUUCUAAGUGGAACACCAUCAAUGCCCUUAUCAUUCUUCGUGCACUUCUUAGACCUUUCCAGUAUUUUCUGAAUCCUAAAGUUGCGAAGGAGCCAGUACCACCUCAGCUGGAGCUUAUAGCCGCAGAAAUUCUUGUGCCUUUGCUUGAAUUUUUCCAUCAAUUUGUUAAAAAGGCUUUAGCAACCCACGACAGAGCAGAUAUAGAAACAGAGAAAAUCCUUCUCACUGUCUGCAAAUGCCUACAUUUUGCUAUAAGGUCGUAUAUGCCUUCUACUUUAGUCCCUCUACUGCCUUCAUUCACUCGUGACCUGAUUAGCAUUUUGGGUUCUCUGAGAUUUGAUUGUGUGGUUGCUUUCGAAGACGGACACUUGUCAAGACUAAAGACUGGAAAAAGAAGUCUACUUAUUUUCUCUUCCCUUGUCACCCGUCACCGGAAGCAUUCUGAUAAGUUGAUGCCAGAAAUCAUUAACUGUGUUCUAAGCAUUGUCAAUUUUAGCAAGAAUAUCAGUAAACUUGACUUCAUGUCAGAGAGGAUUUUGUCCUUAGGAUUUGAUGUAAUUUCACACGUACUGGAGACUGGGCCAGGAUGGCGGCUGGUUUCACCACAUUUUAUGUCUCUGUUACACUCUGCAAUCAUCCCAGCAUUGGUGAUGAAUGAGAAGGAUGUCUCCGAGUGGGAAGAAGAUGCAGAUGAGUAUCUUCGAAAGAACCACCCAUCAGAAAUUGGUGAAGUUUCUGGAUGGAGAGAGGAUUUAUUCACGGCCAGAAAAAGUGCAAUGAACUUACUUGGAGUUAUUUCAAUGUCAAAGGGGCCUCCAUUAGCAGCUUCCAGUGAGUGUUCAUCAGCUUCAACAAAACGUAAAAAGGGUGAAAAGAACAAGAGAAGCAGUCAUCUCCGCACCAUGGGUGAAUUAUUGGUGCUUCCAUUUUUGUCUAAAUUUCCCAUUCCUUCCAAUUCCAAUUGGUCUCGAGACAGCAUCCUGAAUGAUUACUUUGGCGUUCUGAUGGCAUAUGGUGGCUUACAGGAUUUUCUGAGGGAGCAAGAACCUCAUUAUAUAAUAAGUCUGGUUCAAACACGGAUUCUACCAUUGUAUACUUUGGCCGUGUGCCUACCAUAUUUGGUUGCAAGUGCAAACUGGGUACUUGGAGAACUAGGUUCCUGUCUACCAGAAGAGAUGAGUGCUGAUGUAUAUUCUCAAUUGCUCAAGGCAUUGGUGAUGCCAAAUAAGCAGGACCUAUCUUGCUAUCCUGUGCGGGUUUCUGCAGCAGGGGCAAUUAUGACACUCAUUGAUAAUGACUACAUGCCACCCGAUUGGCUACCUCUUCUCCAAGUAGUAAUUGGCAAUAUUGGAAAUGACGAUAGCGAGAGCUCCAUCCUAUAUCAGCUUCUUUGUUCUGUGAUAGAAGCUGGGGAUGAGAAAAUUGCAAUUCAUAUCCCAUUUCUUGUCUCGUCUCUAGUUGGUUCAGUCUCAAAAUGCAUAAUCCCCAAUCUGGAGCCAUGGCCUCAGGUGGUAGCACAUGCGUUUGCGGCUCUGGCAGUGAUGGCUAAGACUUGGGAAAGCUUUAAGUCUGAAGAGUUAAAAUCAGAAUCAAGCAUCUCUCCAGAAAAAUGGGCUUCUGGUCAGGCUGCAAUUUGUAGAGCCUUUGCUGAACUCUUGCAGCAGGCUUGGCUUGCACCUCUAUUCACAGUGGAUCAACAAGGGCAACGUUCUACCCCUUUAUCAUGCAUAGAAGAUCUGUCAACAUUGCUCCGAUUUGUUAUGCUAUCUAUUACUGAAGAUCAUAUGAUCCAAGAACUUAAAGUAAUGGAGUUGCUAUCAGUUUGGGCUGAUAUGGUUGCAGAAUGGAAUGCUUGGGAAGAAUCAGAGGAUUUAUCGAUAUUUGACUGCGUUAAGGAAGUUGUAAAUCUAGAUCAGAAGUAUGGGCUGAAAAACUUUCUUGUGAAACAUGUGCCAUCCCCUCCAGCUCCUCCUGUGCCUGAACGUUCAGUUAUAGAGAGCAUUUCCGCUUUCAUUAGUGAGGCUAUUUUGCAAUAUCCAUCUGCAACAUGGAGAGCUUGCUCUUGCGUUCAUUUACUAUUACAUUGUCCAACCUUCACACUUGAAACUGAAAGCAUAAAGCAGUCAUUGGCUGUUGUUUUUAGUCAGGCGGCCUUCACUCGUUUUAGAGAAGUUCAAAGCAAGCGAUGCUCACUGUGGAAACCCUUAUUGCUUUCAAUUUCCUCAUGCUACUUGUGUUAUCCUGAUACUGUGGAGGGUGUUCUGGAGAAGGGUGAAGAGGGAGGCGUCGCAAUUUGGGCAUCUGCUUUGUGUCAUGUAUCCAGGAGCUCUUCUGAGGCCUGUCUGACUGCGGAAUCUGAUAUGAAGUUAAUAGUGAUGACGCUGGCCAAGUUGAUCGAGCAACUUUUGAGACAAGGGAACUCAGGCGCUGUUUCUAUGCAGGACUGCUUCAUUGCACUGUUGGAUUUGUCUAUGCGAUUGAAGGAAGUGCAGCAGGAAGGGAAAGGAGAGGAAGAAGAACCUGAAGAAUCUGAAAAUGACGAGGAUGAUGAGGACAGUGACGGUGACUUUGAAGAUGAAGAUGAUGAGGACUCCGAGGCUGAGGAAUAUGAAGAAACAGAAGAAGAAUUUCUUAAUAGGUAUGCUAAAGCUGCUGAGGAAUUGGAAAAUGGUUCAAUCAUUGAAGAGGGAGAUGUGGAAGAUCAAGAACCGGAGACGGAAUUAGGUCGCUUGAUAGACAUUGACGAGCAAAAAGUUGUGUUGUCCUUGAUAGACAAAUAUUCUCGUGUGCUCAUAAACGGACGAGUUCUAUCCUCGCAUGUUGUGGUGAAUUUUCUGAAUGCUUUUCCUGAGCAUGGUUCGUAUUUCCAGCAAUUCAGAUAAGAGUGUUGAGAUUUCAAAUUUUCAAUGGUGUUCGUUCAUGAGAAAUUUCAUUUGGAAAACCGCUAUUUAAAAAUGUGUGUAAAUCGAAAGAAAACAUUUUUGUUUUUCAGAAUUGAAUUACAAUUAGUUUCAGGCAUUUUCACUUGUAUCAGAUAUUGAUCUUAAUAUUUUGGGUUGCGAUGUUAUUUAUGGUUGAUAGAUUUGAGACAUCAUAUUGUGAGAAGUGUAAAUAAAUGUGUUUUGUGUAUCAAAAGCCUUUUUUAAUACAAUUGCUUAAAAAUAGCUUAAA